CGACGGCUGGUGCCACGCUAGUUCCGCCUUGUCGUCCCUAGCAGUUGAGGAAGGUUCACUUCCAACCGCUCAGACCCUCUGCUGCGGUGGAGAGCAGCCCAUAGUCUCUCUCCGCUGGAGGAAAGACUUCUCGCCCCCGCCCACGGGCUGCUGAGCCCCGCGGCAGCCCAGGAGGGGCGUUGCCAGGUCGGCCAGUUGCGUAGCGACGGCGGGCAGUGCGUGACGUACGCCGUCGCGUUUGGGCCUGAGGCGCGCGCCCGUGUGCCCGCCCCUUGGUAGGCUUGCGCCUCGCGUCUCUUCCUCGCUCGGCUCCACUGCGCCUAGGCGGACCCUCCGCAGACUCGCCGUCGGCCGGCUCCCUCUCCAGCGUUCCUGAGACCCCCGCGGCCAACAUGGCUUCAGGAGUGCAAGUUGCUGAUGAAGUAUGUCGCAUCUUUUAUGACAUGAAAGUUCGGAAGUGCUCCACACCAGAAGAAAUCAAGAAAAGAAAGAAAGCUGUCAUUUUUUGUCUCAGUGCAGACAAAAAAUGCAUCAUUGUAGAAGAAGGCAAAGAGAUACUAGUUGGAGAUGUUGGUGUAACCAUAACUGAUCCUUUCAAGCAUUUUGUGGGAAUGCUUCCUGAAAAGGAUUGUCGUUAUGCUUUGUAUGAUGCAAGCUUUGAAACCAAGGAAUCCAGAAAAGAAGAGUUGAUGUUCUUUUUGUGGGCACCAGAACUAGCACCUCUGAAAAGUAAAAUGAUCUAUGCGAGUUCCAAGGAUGCAAUCAAAAAGAAAUUUCAAGGCAUAAAACAUGAAUGUCAAGCAAAUGGGCCAGAAGACCUCAAUCGAGCUUGUAUUGCUGAAAAGCUAGGUGGAUCCUUAAUUGUAGCUUUUGAAGGAUGUCCAGUGUAGACCAUCGUUCAGUGCCACAAACCUAAAGCUUCCAUGUUCAAUGUUAUCCUCUUGCUAUAUAAGUAAAGCAGAUACAUAGACCAGCGUCUCACUGAGGGGGAACUGUCUUGUCAUUUAUUAGAGUAAGCUAAAUAUUCUUUUAAACAUGUGCAAAUGACCCUAAAUAAAUUUAAAACGGAAAGUUUUGAUGUGAAAUUAAAUUCUUAUUGGCCAAAUGCCUGUUUUGAUGAGUGAUAUAAUGACUUUUGUUAUGCUUAUGAUUUUUAAUAAUGCAGUUCACAAAACAGUACAAGGCAUAUGAGAAGAAUUGUUGCAACUUUGCUAACCUCAGCAGUUACUUUGUUUCUUUUGCUUAGAGAAUUGGACAUAAUCUGACUAUAAUUCUGGUCCAAAUUCUUUAUUUUCUUGAGCUAAACUAAUGAAAAACUUUCUUACUGGGGAACAGCACUAAUAUACUACUAAUAAGAUUAAGUGCAUCUUUUAAUUCUACCAUAUGUGUAAUAGAGAUGCCUCACAAAUUGUGAAUGCUUAAAAUCAGAGCUAAUCUUCUAAGCACUGUUUCAAGUUGGGAAUACCUGAAGCAGCUCUCCUCACUUGUUGGGGAGACUGUUCAGAUAAAAUGAUCUUGCAUCUUAGAAACCUUGGUUUGUCCUCAGGAGAAUGUGCAAUAUCCUGUAACAAUUGAUUAUAAUACAAAUUAGGGCUCCAUUGUAAAACAAUUUAUUGGAAAUGAUCAGAUGGUAUAUUGACAGGCUAGGGCACUUGUAAUAUCUUUGUGUCACCUUCAGAACUUUGUUGCUUCUGGUAAAUAAAGUGUGGAAGAACAUUAAGUACAUGUUUAUUCUGGGGACUGGGAGAACUUAAUUUCCUAAAGCAGUUUGUUGACUGUAUAUGAAACGGAGACACGUGACACCACAGGAAGCCACUACAUGAUGACACAUAGAAGUGAUUGUCUUUAACAUCACAGGCAUAGUAACACUUUGAACCAUAUAGAGAUGCACAGUUGACUUUAGAAGUAGCAAUAUUGGCUUUAUGUAAUAAAGGAAGCAUUUUUAACUUA